UCCCAAGGGACCACCCCGAAAGCUACCACUCAUACAUGUGGAGGCACUUCUUCUCCCACGUCAACAUCCACCCGAGCAACGUCAACAUCCUUGACGGCAACGCCCGGGAUCUAGAUGCCGAGUGCGCCGCCUACGAGGCCAAGAUUGACGCCGCUGGUGGCAUUGACCUCUUCCUCGCCGGCAUGGGCGAGGACGGCCAUCUGGCAUUCAACGAACCUGGUUCGAGCCUGGCCUCGCGCACCCGGCCCGUGACGCUCGCCGCCGACACCAUCGUCGCCAACAGCCGCUUCUUCGACGGUGAGCCCGAGAAAGUACCUCGGAAAGCCCUGACGGUGGGCGUGCGGACCGUCCUGGACGCCCGUGAGGUCGUGGCCAUCGUGCUGGGCUCCCGGAAAGCCCCCGCGCUGCGAGCCUGCGUUGAAAAGGGCGUCAGCCACAUGGGCACCCUCUCUGCCCUGCAGCUUCACCCGUGCGCCAGGAUCGUGUGUGACGAGGAUGCCACGCUGGAACUGCGUGUUGGAACCGUCAAGUAUUUUAAGGCCAUCGAACAAGACGCUCCGGCUCCCGAGAGGGCUCCGGAACCCGCUCCGCCGAACGCUUCUCUCCGCGCCCCGACCGUCUCCGUACCCUCUCGCACCCCGUCUCCCGUCUUUGACAGCAUGCACUCACGGAUCGUUCAGCCCACUCCUCUCCCAGUCCUGACCAAGAUGACUAAUGGUCUCAUGAACGGGGCUGUCAAGAUUGUAGUUGGCGGUGAUGGCAAUUAUUAGUUAUCGCCUGGGAAUCUGUCCCGUUACCAAAUUCAAUUGGACGGGUUUUCGCUUUUCUAAACCAUAACGGUAUAAUACCUACCAACAGAUUGGCUAUCUUUGGUGGUUAGUUAGGAACUGGACUAAGAUCGGGCAUUUGUUUUGGAUUUUUGCCUGUCUGUCCCUCGUUUUCUUCGUGAGUUCAAGGUGUAGAUCAAUUGCGAGGGCAUGGCUGGGUUACGUUUUAAGGU